CGAGCUUCAGUAGACCUCAAGAGCUCAUUCACAGCUGAUACCCUCCCGUCUCUUUGCUUCUGUUAUUUCCCCAAUAGAGCCGGAUCUCUGCAUUGUCAUCUCAGAAUGUCAUCUUGUUUUCCCUGAAUAAUCCUGCUUAAACUGAGCUCUGCGUUACGUCCGUUGCCCGUACUUGCAUAUGUCUGCCCCAGACAUCCCCACGUCUUCCUCGGUUCCUGAGGAGAAAGCGAACGAUACAGAAACACAACAACAUGAGGGAAAUAUGCGUGAAGAAACAACAGUCCCCGCGGAGUCUCGAGAGUCGUUGAAGGAAUCCCAGGAUGAGGCGCCGCCGCCGCCGCCGCAGGAUGACUCCAGCGUUGGACAAGCUGCGGAGACGACGACUAUUUCGAAAAGUACGCCGCAACAGUACGCUCAUGGUCCCGCCGUUGUGACUGCCUCUACCACAACCGUCGAGACAUCAAAUGUCCAGGCGGAAGCACUUGCGAGACAAGUCGAUGAGCUCUCUGUCUCCGAGAAGAGGCCGGGACCGCUGCGUAUCGACAGUUCCCUGGAUGCGCGCCCUCCUCCACCGCCCGAAAAGGACCAGCCGUAUCUCGACCCUACCCCCAAAACACCAAUGAUUCCGCAAUCGCCAAUAUCCCCGGGGAAGCUUUCUGACUACGCCGAGAAGGAGUUACCGGACGUGCCUAAGGAUAGUGGCAUGGAUGACAAACAGGAGGCUGAACCCGGAGCCGGGAAGGGUGACGAUUCGCAGUCGGAGAUACAAAGUAUAAUGGACCAAUUUGGGGAUGAAUCUGGAGUGCGAACGGAGGAAGUCAUGUCCCCCCGACUUGAGUUGGCGGAACAGUUUCUCGGUGCUCCCAGACAGUUUCCUCCCCGAGGGUCUAGUCUGGAGCAUCCCAAAGGCGGCGACAAUGCUCAGCAGCCCAAGCGACCUCCUAGUAUUCAGACAUUUUCUGCCCCCGUCGUGCCCCCGAAACCAUCACCGCACAAGGGGCCUAUGCCAGAAGCACCACCGAUGACACCACUCUCUGCGACCUCCAUAGGGCCACCCCCGCCGGCUGAGCCUGAUCAGCCUUUCGACUUUCAUCGUUUCUUGGACCAACUGCGUCACCGCACUGCAGAUCCGGUAGCCAAGUUUCUCCGUUCCUUCCUCAAUGAAUUCGGGAAGAAGCAGUGGAUGGUCCACGAGCAAGUCAAGAUAAUUAGCGAUUUUCUGGCUUUCAUCACCAACAAGAUGGCUCAGUGUGAAGUGUGGAGGAACGUGUCUGACGCAGAAUUCGAUAAUGCUAAGGAAGGCAUGGAGAAGCUGGUGAUGAACAGAUUAUAUUCGCAGACAUUCUCACCGGCGAUACCACCGCCUCCUACUCCUACGAGGAACUCCAGCAAAGGCAAGCGCAAGGAUAUAGAGAAGUUACUAGGCCCGGGAAGACGCGGCCAACAUCAGGAGGAUGUUGAGCGUGAUGAGAUUCUGGCACAGAAGAUUCGAAUUUACAGUUGGAUAAGAGAGGAGCAUCUAGACAUAUCGCCGGUCGGUCCACACGGUCGUCGCUUUUUGAAUCUGGCGCAGCAAGAGUUGUUAAAGAUCAAAGGGUAUCGGGCACCCCGUGACAAGGUUAUUUGCAUUUUGAAUUGCUGCAAGGUCAUCUUUGGCCUAUUGCGAAACUCAAAGAGUGCCGAUACUUCAGCAGACUCGUUCAUGCCGAUGUUGAUCUACGUAGUUCUACAGGCAAAUCCCGAGCAUCUGGUCUCCAACGUUCAAUAUAUUCUUCGAUUCCGUAACCAGGAAAAGCUCGGCGGAGAAGCUGGUUACUACCUAUCUUCACUAUCUGGAGCCAUCCAGUUUAUCGAGACUCUCGAUCGCACGAGCUUGACUGUUAGCGAUGAGGAAUUCGAGCGGAAUGUGGAAGCUGCCGUCUCCGCCAUUGCUGAACAAAAUAGACAAGCCGAAGCCCAGGCCCGUUCGUCACUAGAUUCUAGACCGCUAGAGAAGUCCGUCUCCAGUGGAUCGGAAUUGACACCGCGAACUUCGCUCGAAGCAGAGCCAUCUUCCCGUAGAAGGGAUGCGGCUCAAUCCAGUGACGAGGAGAGUGCGCCUGUUGCGGGCUUGUUACGGACGAUUCAGAAACCGCUGUCUACGAUCGGGAGGAUAUUCACUGAGGAGACUGGGCUAACGCAGCCAGCCACGUCUCCUCGGCCGGGUACCUCCCCGAGACUCUCUCCAGCGGUCUAUCAACCCCCACGCAGCAGUGUCGAAGAGCGAAGAUCCGGUGAACGGCCACGGACAGCAGCGCCACGACAGUCUCCUGGGUCCAUCGAUGCCCAAGAGGCUGCUGCGCGACAAGCUAGUGCUGAAGUCGCGGAAGCCCGGAGGAUACAACGUGCCGAACACAAUGACGUUGUAGAGUAUGUGCAGUUACCUUUUUACCUGCAGUGCAGGAUGCUGACAGUCACCCAGAACGCUUUCGGGUAUGUUCCCAAACUUGGAUAAGGAUGUGAUCGAUGAUGUCGUCAAGAUGAAGGAGGGCAGAGUCGGUUUGGCCGUGGAUGC